AGCACUACCGUACCUAGAUUUCGCUAUACUUGCGGUCGAAGAUAGUAGUAGAUUACUUCAGCAAUUCAGGGAGGCGUGUCACAUGAUCCGCAGCGAUGGACGAUAUUGACGAUGUUGUGUUGGUCAAGUAAUGAAUUAUAAAGGUUUGGCUAGAUUUUGUGCUGAGUAGAAUUAGGACAUCCACUCAGAGUCAAAGAAAUUCUCUGAGGAUCCUCUCUUUAUCCAGAGUACUAGGAUAGGAGACAGGAGUCCUUUCUUGCUUGUUGGAAAACUGAUCGCUGGGCAGCAUGGGCCUUGGUAACGUCCUCCUCCUCUCCCAGAUCACGGGGUACAUCUUUGGGGCCAUCUUCUCCCUCUUCACCUUUCCACCCAUCGCAGUCAGUCAAGAUCACUUUGAUGAUCAUUGUAUCCUAUUCUCAACCGGCUAUCUUAAUACCACAUUAGAUAGAUAUGUGAUAAAUGAGUGGUCUCUCGGAACCCAGUGCGGGUUUGCCAUCUAUGUAGGAAUUCAGUUGAUGGGGAUAUCACUGUGGCAGAGCAUCCGUCUUUCCAUCCAUGCAGUCAAUGGUACUGACAGUUCUUUCCUGAUGACUUGUAUUACUUUAUUGGUAAACCUUCUGAUGAAUAUCAUGCUGCUGGCUUCAGCUAUAACUGUCACAGAUGGAUACAAAGUGUGGUGUGCAGCUAUUAAAAAAGCUAAUCAAAGAUGUGAAUAUGCUGGAUAUGCCAAUAAUUUCUUUUUUGAUGAGAAUAUAAAGCCAGCUGGAUUUAAUCUUGACUGGGGAAUAGCACAGUUUGGUCUGUGGACAUCAUGGAUAUUGUACACCAUACUUCUUAUCUUCUCCUUGGUCAAACUGAGCAACCUUCACAAACAAGAGAACAUCUUACGCAGUCUGACAAGAGAAAGACAAAGGUUACUCGGUCACUAUGAGCAACCAGAUUUGUAACACCUUUACAUUCAACCACAGCAGAGGUUUGUUAUAUAGCCAUUGAAAUGCAUUUGAAGUGUAGUUUAUAUUAUUUUCUAGAAGAAAAGCUUUAUGAUUCGGUCUACGCCCAGACCUUCCCUGAAUUAUAAUACUAAAUUAAGUAGAACUUUCUCAAACAGGGUUGGCAUAUUUCCCACUUUUCGUCUUAAUUUCUUGAUGCCAUUCGAUAUGAAGUGUAGAUUUUGAGUAAAAAGUUAAUAGAAGAGAUUGAUUUGUAUUUCCUGUCUAAUUAAAAAAAAGAAAUACAGUAUAAUUUUGGAUGAGAUAUAUACCAAUCCUGUUCCCCAAGAGAUCAUAUUUAAAAAUUAAAUUUGCAUUUUGGCUCAUAGGGUUAUUUUUUAUUAAGAGAAGCAUUUUAGGAUUGAGGUAGAGACUAAGCUCAAACCCUCCCUCGAGGCUAAUGUUAAGACAUAUAUGUACAUACUUUAUUCAGAAGGUCAAUGUCAUGGCUGUGGACCACAAAAUCUGAACUCUUAAGUGAUCUUGACUUCUGUUAGAAUACUCAGUUACCUUUUGAAUCACACUUGGAUUUAUAUAUUAUCAGAUGCAUCUGUUUUACCUACAAAUAGACUAUAUCUAAGUUUAAUGCUCAUUGUAUAUAAUAUUCAAUCGUUAUUAUAUUUUGUUUUUAGUCAAUGUACUUGCCUUCCAUUUAUCAAAAGCUGAAGUAGAUGGUUACUUUUUGGAAUUAACAAUGGCAACUACAGAGCAUUUCUUACAAACUUGUGUAUUACUAUUAAUGUUUCUGAUAAUGUUUUAAAAAUCUUCAUUUCAUUACGAAAACAUCUAUAUAAUGCAAGGAAAUCAGUGAGUAAAGUAACAUCUUGAUUUCUGUUGCUCUUUUUUUAACAUUGAUAUGUGUAUAUUGAGUAGAAAUGAUAGUAAAGAGUUUCUUUUUAUUUAAGGCUACAUAUUUUAUAUGAAUGUAUCAUGCAGGCUUCAUGUGCCUUUUUUUAUCUGAAUGCUUUCUUCAGAAAACAAGAGAAUAUUUGAUAUCAUAAUGAGUAAAUUUGCAUCAAUUACAUUAACAUAGACAGAGGGUACAAAAUGAUGCAAUUAAACAUAUCAUCUUUCAUUUCAAGUUCAGUGUUGAAAGCUGGGUUAGUCAAGUAUUAGUGCUUUGUAUCUUUUAAAAAAAAACGCUUUAUAAGAAGUAAUUAUUAUUAUUGUUGAUAUUUGUGGUUUAGGCAGUAUAUGAAGCAAACAAACAAGAAAAAGGAUGUACAUAGGAUGGGGUAAAAAUAAUGAGUAGAUAUAAAGGCAAGAAAAUCUGUGGAUAAUUCUUGUAACACCCGCCACAAUGCCACAGUUGCGAAUGCCUAUGCCUAUACAGUGUAGUGCCAGAUAGCUUUCCAUUAGUAUAUAAACAAAAGACAAAUUCAACUACACCAUUGAUAUUUCAGGGUGGUAUUACUUUUGUUUGGGUCAUGUUAGUGUUUACUAUCUAUAAGUAUGAUGGUAUAAGGAAUGUCCGUGGGGAGAGAGAGAGCUCUGGUAAUGAAAACAUUACUUGAAUGUAUUUCUAUUCACCAUGGUGAUGAGGAAUAGAAUUUCCUGUCAAAAUUUCAAUUAAGAAAUUGCUCAUUUGAAUUACACAUUCUCUGAGAAUUUUGAUAUUCAAUCAUUUUGAAUUCAAGAUUUAAGAAUCUGCUCUUGGUGACUUAUUUAAUUCUUUUAGUUUCUGUAAGUUUUGUAUUAUAACAGUGAAUCAAUGAACUCCAACCAUACUAAGUUUUGAUAGUUAUGUUGGUAUGAACAUGUAACUCAUGGAGUACUUUGUUAUUUCAUUUUUUUUAUCAUGGUUGACCUCUCUGUCCAAACCUACAAUAGGUCACAUGGCAAGAUUCUCUGUAAUCAAUAAAAACUAGUCACCUUUGAAUCAUACAACAAAAAUGUGUGAUCUAAAACAAAUUGUUGUCUCCAUGCUUUACAAAAUAAUAAAAUCAUGAAAUUUGAUUAAUAUAGUUGUUUUGGACUGCUGGGAGUUUCAACUGGUCUUCUUGGUGCUUUUCAUUGUACCCCCACAUUCCGUUUAUUGUUAUCUGUUUGAAUUUGCAAUUUUUUAAAUGUUUACAUGUAUUUCUUUUCUGUCAUGUUUUGUAUGGUUUUUAAUUGUAACUAAUGGUUCAGAGAACAUUUUUAUGCCAUAUAUUUUUAUUUUUCAGUGAUACAUGUGUGUAUUUUUAAAUAUGAUUUUAUUUUUAAUACAUUUUCAAUUGUAUUUUUCGAUUAUCUGUCUCCUUAUUAGAAAAUAAGUUUUGGAAGGCAGGAAACAUAUGUACAUGUACCAUCAAAUUCCAGUAUUCAUUUUGCUGAGUUAAGAAAAGUCAGACUCACUGGGAGCCUAAAAAUGACAAAAAAAUAUCUUGCAACAUGUUGGAAACCUGCUGUAAUUUGAAGCUUGCAGGACUCCAACACUACAGUUACACCAAACUGAUCUGUAAGAAUGAAGAACUUGGCAUGGUUUCCUUCCAACUGUCAAAAUAAUAUGAAUUCAAUUACUAAUUACGCCAGCGUGACUCCUCACUAGGAUGUGUGGCAGAAUCAGUGUGUGUAGUGUUCACAGGAAAAUGAAGCAGACGUGAUCGUACAUGACUACUGGGUGAAUGAAAAUAGGAACCCAACUUCAAUGUA